UUGGCAGUUUGCUUAUUGUAACAUCCCAAUUUACUGUCUGCUCUGCAGAGAGAAGUAGUUGGUGAGAAUGCCUGAUCCAGCCAAGUCCGCUCCAGCGCCCAAGAAGGGCUCUAAAAAAGCCGUGACCAAGACCCAGAAGAAAGAUGGAAAGAAGCGUAGGAAGAGCAGGAAGGAGAGUUACGCCAUCUACGUGUACAAGGUGCUGAAGCAGGUGCACCCUGACACCGGCAUCUCCUCCAAGGCUAUGGGCAUCAUGAACUCCUUUGUCAAUGACAUCUUUGAGCGCAUUGCGGGGGAAGCUUCCCGCCUGGCUCACUACAACAAGCGCUCCACCAUCACCUCCCGGGAGAUCCAGACCGCCGUACGCCUGCUGCUGCCGGGAGAGCUGGCCAAGCACGCCGUGUCCGAGGGCACCAAGGCCGUCACCAAGUACACCAGCGCCAAGUAGUCGUCCCACCCCUCCUUAUCUUGAUUCGCAUCAACACAAAGGCUCUUCUAAGAGCCACCC